AUGUCCAAACCAACCUCCCCUCCUCCCCAGCUCACACCACAAUUCUGCUUUAACACACGGGUUCUCCGAGACUUCCUGCGCCUCUCCCGCUCCAGCAUCGACGACAGCAUCUCCACCAACCUCAAUGCCCUAAUGACCCCCUCCUCCACAUCCCCCUUCGAUCCAUCCUCCACUUCGAUCCGCAACCCGUCAUUACCCUCGUCCCUAAACCCGCGCCAACCCAUCCCGGCCUCUACCACCCAGGCAUUUCUCGACUCCGUCUUGUUCCCUUCCUGGGACUCUCGGUCCAGCGUAAUAUCCUACUGCACGUCCGUCGCGACGUCGCCUGAUCCCGACGACCCGGACCUCAUUGAGCGCGAAGCCCUGAAUCGGAAAGAUGCCGACCGCAUCGUGGACGAGAGACUUGAUCCGUAUUCCGGCCGUUUCUUCCCCCGCGAGGCACGGACGGAGCAGUUAGCUGCGCUGCUGAGGAAUGAGAACGCAGUCGAAGGGAUUGUGAGGACGAGGACAUGGGGGAUAGUCACGGAAAGAUGUGAGGGCGUCGAAGGAACAUGGGAGGAUGCGUGGGAGAAAUGGCAAAGGAGCAAAGAUAAAAGUCCUUGA